GCUCGCCUUACAACUCGCGCGGGGCCGCCCGCCCCACAGCAAAACUCGGCUCGGCGCUCCCCGAACCCCGCGGUUCGCACCGGAGGAGAGACCGAGCGGAGCUGCGGGCGGGGACGGCCGCGGGGACGGGCGCGGGAGCGCGCGUGCUGGGGCGCCGGGCCUAGCGGGCCGAGAGCGGUCUUCAGACCCGAAGACUGUGCAAACAUGUCUGUGGAUCCCCUGUCCAGCAAAGCCCUGAAGGUCAAGCGCGAGCUGAGCGAGAACACGCCGCACCUGUCGGACGAGGCGCUGAUGGGGCUGUCGGUGCGCGAGCUGAACCGGAACCUGCGCGGGCUCUCGGCCGAGGAGGUGACGCGGCUCAAGCAGCGGCGCCGCACGCUCAAGAACCGCGGCUACGCCGCCAGCUGCCGCGUGAAGCGCGUGUGCCAGAAGGAGGAGCUGCAGAAGCAGAAGUCGGAGCUGGAGCGCGAGGUGGACAAGCUGGCGCGCGAGAACGCCGCCAUGCGCCUGGAGCUCGACGCGCUGCGCGGCAAGUGCGAGGCGCUGCAGGGCUUCGCGCGCUCCGUGGCCGCGUCCCGCGGGCCCGCCACGCUCGUGGCGCCCGCCAGCGUCAUCACCAUCGUCAAAUCCGCGCCCGGCCCCGGGCACGGCCCCGCCCCAGGGCCCGCCCCCAGCGCAGACCCCGCCCCCUGCUCCUAGUGCCCGGCCCGCCCCUCCCCAAGCCACGCCCCCACACCCCGCUCCUUUCCCAAGUGCCUACAGGUCCCGCAUCGCUGCGGUCACAUUCUCUUUCUGGGCUGUCUUCCUCUUGCAAGACCCCCCUACCCCGCCCACCGACUCGGACCUGUUAGCCCUAGGGAAGGGCAAUUUGGCUAGGAGGGUGGGAUAUCCGGGGCCACGGUUCUCUUUGGACUGAAUUCAGCCCUCUCAGACGGGGAGGAAUGGGAUUUGCAGCCGCUCUGGAGCAGCUGUCUGUCUGGAAAAGGGAAAGCACGUCUCAUUUUGGAACUGGCUCUCAUUGUGCCAAUACACCCUCCCAAUCCUCCCAGAACUCACUUGUGUGGCUGCCAUGCUGAGAAGCUACACUGGAAGACACCUCCCACAUCUGUUCUGGGCCUGGGACGGCUGACUUUCCAAAGCCAGGAGAGGCCUUCAUAUGGUCAGUGGAGCCCAGUGGAGAUGGGGAAGCUGUCAGAUGGGCCAGUGCCCAAGGCCACAUGGAUCAGUGAUGGAGCUAGAACCCAAAGCUUGGCUUUCUCACUGUUGUCCUAAGAUUCCAGCCCUGGAUUUCAAGGGGACAAUAGACAGGGACUGAAAUCAUUUGGGAAGAUCCUUUCUGGCCGGGAGACUCCGUAAGGCAGGGGAAGAGAAGCCGAAGGAGAGAGAAGGUGACACAGAGAGAGGAGUGGGAAGGAGCUGGUUUGGCUUAUCCUAGGGCUCUCCCUGUAGGCAGGGUGCCCUGGACCUGGCCAGCCAAAGGAAAAGGAACAAUGGAGGUGACCACCGUGGCAUUCUGGGAAAUGGGGUGGGUACAGAUCCUGCGGUUCCCAAAGCUGAGAUUAGGGGUCUUUGGGCUUCAGAAUCCCCCCAGAACCCUUGAAUAUCCACUGUAGUGGGGGCUGGCCACUGCCAUUGAUUGCCACUCUCCUGGGGAGCCCAGCCCCUCCCCAAUACUGUGUACAAGCUGCCCAGUCCCACUGUUUUAUUUAUUGCACAAAUCUAAGUUAUUCUCCCCAGCCAGAGCCCAGUUCCUGCUCUGAGGGAAGUGGCAUGGGCUCUGAGCUGGACUUUAUAUUUUAUAUCUGCAAAGAAAUCACAUUUAUCUUAUAUUUACAGAAAGCCAGAUGGUGACAACAACAAAGAACUUAUUUUUAAAAAUUGCCCGGCCCCCAGAAGUUAUUUAUUUUCUGACUUACAGUGAGCCAGUUAUCUAUCUUGUGCAUUUUGUAGACUUUCUGAAUAAAGUCAAGCUCUCUUUCCACAGAGAA